AUGGGGGCCAUGUUCCGAAGCGAAGAGAUGGCACUUUGCCAACUCUUCAUCCAGCCCGAGGCGGCUUACACCUCCGUCUCCGAGCUUGGAGAAGCCGGUAGCGUGCAGUUCAGAGAUUUAAACCCGGAUGUCAACGCGUUCCAGCGUAAAUUCGUCAAUGAAGUGCGUCGUUGUGAUGAAAUGGAACGCAAGUUGCGGUAUAUUGAAGCUGAAGUGAACAAGGAUGGGGUGCACGUCCCAGCCGUCAAAGAACCACCUAGGGCCCCCAACCCCAGAGAGAUCAUCGACCUAGAGGCGCACUUGGAGAAAACCGAAAAUGAAAUACUGGAGUUGUCACACAACGCCGUGAACCUAAAACAAAAUUACUUAGAACUCACGGAACUUAAACAUGUCCUUGAGAAGACCGAGGCAUUCUUCAUCGCGCAAGAGGAGAUCGGCAUGGAUUCCAUGACUAAGUCACUAAUAGUCGACGAGGCUGGCCAGCAAGCCGCUACUCGAGGUCGUCUAGGCUUCGUAGCUGGUGUAGUGCAGCGAGAACGAGUGCCGGCCUUCGAGCGCAUGUUGUGGCGAAUUUCUAGAGGCAACGUGUUUUUGAGGCGAGCUGAGCUUGACAAACCAUUGGAGGAUCCGGCUACUGGUAACGAGAUUUAUAAGACCGUGUUCGUGGCGUUCUUCCAAGGUGAGCAGCUGAAGUCCCGCAUCAAGAAGGUGUGCACUGGAUUCCACGCAUCGUUAUAUCCGUGCCCACCAUCCAAUACUGAGCGACAGGACAUGGUCAAGGGAGUCAGGACCAGACUCGAGGAUCUUAAUAUGGUAUUAAACCAAACUCGUGAUCAUCGUCAACGAGUCCUUGCCAGUGUAGCAAAGGAGCUAGCAAGCUGGUCAAUUAUGGUUCGCAAAAUGAAGGCAAUCUACCACACCCUCAACUUAUUCAACAUGGACGUCACAAAGAAGUGUCUGAUCGGCGAGUGCUGGGUUCCCACUGCCGAUCUACCGAAUGUGCAGAAGGCUCUAGCAGAUGGAUCGAAUGCGUGCGGCAGCUCCAUUCCAUCAUUCCUGAACUGUAUAGAAGCCGACGAAGAACCUCCCACGUUCAACCGUACAAACCGCUUCACUCGCGGAUUCCAGAACCUCAUCGACUCUUAUGGUGUAGCUUCCUACAGGGAGUGCAACCCAGCUUUAUACACGAUCAUCACUUUCCCAUUCCUGUUCGCUGUGAUGUUCGGCGAUUUGGGCCACGGUUUCAUCAUGGCUCUUUUCGGAGGCUGGAUGGUCGCAAAGGAAGUUUCCCUCGCAGCGAAAAAGUCGAACAAUGAAAUCUGGAACAUAUUCUUCGCCGGUCGUUACAUAAUUCUGCUUAUGGGUUGUUUCUCAAUGUACACUGGAUUAGUUUACAACGAUAUAUUCUCGAAGUCCAUGAACAUAUUUGGAUCGUCCUGGACCAUACCUUAUGAUAAUGAAACGAUGAAAGAAAACGCAGCUUUAACGUUGGACCCUGUAGAUUCUUAUAUUAAUGUUCCAUACUUCAUCGGUAUUGAUCCCAUUUGGCAGACCGCUGACAACAAAAUUAUCUUCUUGAACUCGUACAAAAUGAAGCUCUCCAUCAUCUUCGGUGUGCUGCACAUGAUCUUUGGUGUCUGCAUGAGCGUCGUCAACUACAACUUCUUCAAACGUCGCUACUCGAUCGUCCUGGAAUUCUUACCGCAAGUGAUCUUCCUGUGCCUGCUCUUUUUGUACAUGGUGUUCAUGAUGUUCUACAAGUGGGUCGCUUACAGUACUUUCUCUGAAGACCAAGCUUACACACAGGCCUGCGCUCCAUCAGUGCUGAUUCUCUUCAUCAACAUGAUGCUAUUUUCUUCGGACACCCCCGAGCCUGGCUGCAAAGAGUUUAUGUUCGAAGGCCAGGGUCAAAUUCAAAUGGCAUUCGUACUUGUAGCUCUUUGCUGCAUCCCUGUCAUGUUGUUUGGCAAACCCUUGUAUUUAUUAGCUGCUAGCAAGAGGAAGAAGAACGUCAAGCCGGAAAAUUCAAACGGCAGCGUAAACCCAGGUAUUGAAAUGCAAGAACAAACCGACAUCACCGAAGAAUCAAUACCCAAGCCUGCGCCUAAAGAAAGUCAUGAUCACGACGAGGAACCAUUCAGCGAAGUCAUGAUCCACCAGGCCAUCCACACUAUUGAAUAUGUGCUCAGCACCAUCUCUCAUACUGCGUCAUAUCUACGUUUGUGGGCGUUGUCACUUGCUCACGCAGAAUUGUCUGAAGUAUUAUGGAACAUGGUGCUGACAUUCGGGUUGAAAGAUCACAAUUACAUCGGCGCCAUCAAGUUAUAUGUGGCGUUUUGUUUCUGGGCGCUGUUCACACUCGCCAUUCUCGUCAUGAUGGAAGGUCUCUCUGCCUUCUUGCACACCCUGCGUUUGCACUGGGUGGAGUUCAUGAGCAAGUUUUACACCGGUCUGGGAUACAUUUUCCAGCCCUUCUGUUUCAAGACCAUCCUCGAACAAGACGACAAUAAGGAUGACUAA